CAGUGGGAGCAAGUAGACCUAUUUGACUUUAUGAACCGGUCACACAGGGAAUAAUACUGAUCAUUACUCUGGAGUGAUGGACACAUCUGUGGGGAGCAGAGAAGAGUCCGCGUGUUGUUUUCAUUUUCAGGAUUUUAAUCUGAAUACUCUGAAGGGUCCUGCGGCCUCGUUCUUUGGAUCGUUUGUCUUUCUUCUACUCUGAGAGCUGCAUCAGUGACCGUGCGUGGCUGAGACGCUGACUACAUUUUUGUCUGCAUCCGUAACAGUCGGACGGGAAGUGACUGAGUUAAUCAACAGGGUUUUCUUUUUUUAAUCAUCAUGAAUCUGACGCAGCGAAUGAAACUACUGAAGCACUUUGGCUCUUUGCCCCCGGAGCCUAAACCACCACUGCUAGUGGUUCCUAAACCAGGCAUGGAGGAGCUAACAAUAUGGGAGCAACAUACAAUAACACUAAACAAAGAUUCCAAACUGGGGUUCGGCUUUGCCAUAUCAGGAGGCAAAGACAAGCCACACCCAGAUACCGGGGACACCACUGUGGUGGUGUCAGAUGUGCUGCCAAAUGGACCAGCCAUGGGACGACUGUUUACCAAAGACCAAAUCGUCAUGGUCAACGGGGUGUCGAUGGAGAACGUCCACUCCAACUACACCAUUCAGACUCUCAGGUCCAGCGGCAAGACUGCUAACAUAACAGUGAAACGUCCUCGCAAGAUCCAGAUCCCAGCGACCACUAGGCCGACUCGGGCUGCCUCCCAUUCCAACCUGCUGGAUGCAGACCCCCCCAGACGAACGCGGCGCUACUCAGACGGCAGCGACAACAGAGACGACAACCGCUACCGUCCCCGCGCCCGAAGCAACACGCCAGACCGCAAUGGGCACGGAAACACACUACCUCUGAUGUCGUCGGGGUACAAAAGGCUGCCGUAUCAGGAUGUUCCAGAGAAACCCAUCAGAACUACACUGCUUAAAAAGAAAAUCACAGAUGAGUAUGGAUUGAAGCUGGGCAGUCAGAUCUUCAUCAAGCACAUGACGGAAACAGGCCUGGCUGCGAAGGAGGGAACUCUGCAGGAGGGAGACCUCAUUCUCAAGAUCAAUGGCAUGACGACAGAGAAUUUAUCCCUGCUGGAGACCAAACACCUGGUGGAGAAGAGCAGGGGCAAACUGACCAUGACCGUCCUCAGAGACGAGCGCAAGUUCCUGGUCAGCAUCCCAGAGGUGGAGGACAGCGCCCCCAACAGCGAGGACGACCGCCGCCAGAACAGCAGCUCCGAACUGGAGGACAUUUCAGACCUUGACGAGGAUAUCCCCACUCACAGAACGUCUCGUCAUCCCACCAGAGAGAAACGGACACGCAGAACAAGAGCUGAGCUUCCUCCAGCCAAGUCUCGCGAUUCAUCACCGGUGCGCUCCACCUUGACUCGGCCUCCAGCAAGAACUCACGCCUCUCGCAGAGCUCCAUCUGAGUCGGAGUCGGACCGCAGUGCCUCCCCUCCUCCUCCUGUCAGGAGAAACAGUCUGGACAUGAAGGAUCACUCCAGCAAAUACAAAAGUCUGUCUGGUAUGUCCACCCUCCCCAACCCCCGGUCGGCUCCUGCCGUCCAUAACUGGCCCACCAGUCGCCCCACCUCCUCCGCCUCGCGGCCUCGUAAACCCGUGUCAGAUUCCGACUCUGACCGCAGCGUGUCCCCUCGACCGCGCAGAGAGAGUCCCCGCCCAGACAGCAGAUACAAAGUUCUCCCUGAUCUGCCCCACGCUGGCCUGAGAGCCUCGCCCAUCACUAUUCGCCCAGAGCCACCGAGGAGGGUCAGCUCUCCUUUCAGAGGCCCACCCCCAGACUCUGAGUCCGAGUCAGACGACGGCACCUCGGCGCCUCCUCAGAGGCACAGCACCACCUACAGUCAGGACUCCCUCAGCAGAUACAGAGUCCUACCAGACGUGGCUGUGGAGCCGCCGAAGUGGAGCGUCACCAGUGCCACUGCCAGCAAUCCACCACAGAAAGCUCCUUCAGAGUCUGAAUCGGAGGCCAGCUACGCAUCCGUCCCUCGCAGGGAAUCUACAGACAGCACAAACUCCAACACGGCUCCAAACCGAUACAGAGUCCUGCCUGAGAUGAAAACCACUCCAGUUGCCGUGAAGCGGGAGUCUUCUCGUCGCGCCCCAUCACCCGCCAGACCACCUCCUGAUGAGUCGUCUGACUCAGAUGAGCUGUCUCAACUCAGGCGGUCUGGGAGCUCUGAGCGAGGGGAGAGCCAGCGUCGCGUGACUCAUGUUCCUCGUCCCGCUAAUGGAACCGGUACCAUCAAGUCUGGGAUUUCGGUGAAGAGCAACCCACCACUCGACUCCAAGACUGCCGAAGAGCCCAUCUACUCCCUACCUCCGGAUUCUUACCCAUCGUCUAAUCCAGGGUACAGCUCAGACCUUCAGACAGUGUCUUUCGUGAAGGAGGGCAGCGUUGGUCUGAGGCUGGUGGGGGGAAAUGAUGUCGGCAUAUUCGUAGGUGGAGUUCAGCCAAACAGCCCCGCCUAUGAACAGGGAAUGAAAGAGGGCGACCAGAUCAUGCAGGUGAAUAAGGUUGAUUUUGGUCAUUUCACACGAGAGGAGGCAGCCAACUUCCUCCUGAACAUCAAGAAGGGAGAGCCGGUUCAAAUCUGCACUCAGCACAAGAUGGACAUUUAUAAGAAGAUCAUCAAGUCCAACCUAGCCGACAACUUCUACAUCCGCACCCACUUUGACCACGAGGCGGAGGGCCCCAUCGGCCUGAGCUUCUCCAGAGGAGAGGUGUUCAGGGUGGUCGACACGAUGCACCGCGGGAAGCUGGGCAACUGGCUGGCCGUCCGCAUGGGGAACGACCUGCACGAGAUGGACAAAGGCACCAUCCCCAACCAGGCCAGGGCUGAGACGUUUGCCAGCUUAGAGCAGGCGCAGCGGGGAACCGGAGAGAGGCAGGUGUCCGGACCGAGAGCGGAGUUCUGGAAACUACGGGGGCUCAGGGGGAACAAGAAGAACGAAAAGAACACCCGACGGUCUCGUGAGGAUCUGCUGCAGCUCACCAUUCAGGGCAAAUUCCCAGCCUACGAGAGAGUCCUGCUCAGAGAAGCUAACUUCAAACGACCCAUCGUCAUUAUGGGUCCUCUGAAUGAUAUCGCCAUGGAGAAGCUGGCCAGAGAAUUGCCUGAUGAAUAUGAAGUGGCGAACAUGGUCCCGCGCAGUGGAGCAGGAGACAGCGGCUCCACCGUUAUUAAACUGGACACUGUGAGGAGAAUAGCGGAGAAGGGCAGGCACCCUCUUCUGGACAUCACUCCUACUGCAGUGGAAAGGCUCAACUACAUCCAGUACCACCCGAUGGUCCUGUUCUUGGACCCUCACAGCCGCAAAGACGUCAAGGCCAUGAGGCAGAGGUACAACCCCAACUCCAACAAGAGCUCCAGACGCCUUUACACACAGGCCCUCAAGCUGAGGAAGCACUGCAGCCACCUCUUCUCAGCCCGUAUUGACCUGCAGCCCAGCUCCAAUGUUUGGUAUGAGAAUCUAAAGGAUAAGAUCCGACACCAGCAGUCCAAACCAGUCUGGGUGUCUGAAGUCACGUUGGAGAGUGGUGAGGAGCACGACUUGGAUGCUCUGGACCAAACCCAGUCGGACUACCUCAGUGCUGCCAGCGACCUGGAGGACACUGACGGAGAGGCCUUCACUGAUGGAGAGGCGUACACCGACAACGAAGACCUAGAGGAGGCUUAUCCCGGUCAGAACAGGGCCGAUCCUCCCAGAGGCUCCAGGGUAGCUGGAGCUGCUUUAGCCAGAUCAUCUGAGCCUGCCCCCAGGCACCGCAGCCCCGACGAGGACCCCGAGCCUUACGCAGACAACUACUCUAUCAGAGAAAUCCCUCCGCUGAUGCACGUACCUGAGCCCAGGGUUCCCCGUCGGGAGAGCUACAGCCCCCGUCACAGCGCUGCUGAGGAGGAAGACCCCACUCACCGCAGCUUCACAGACUCAGAUUUCAGUGCUCUUGAUAUAAUUGCACCAACCACUCCAUCCGAUGGACCCCCUGACUUUAUAGCCCCCGACCCCUCCACUAGAUACUCUGUGAACGAGCCCACGUAUGCUGAGCCAGAGCCUCUGAGCCCACAGCAGGCCAGUCUCUCUGCUAUUGAGGAGAAAUUACAACAGGCUCGUUCUGCAGACGCACAGCCUGAGGCUCAGCCUGAGGUAAAGAAGGGCCCUCAGUUCAUUGUACUGGCGCAUCAUCACCAAGCGGUCCAGUUCAGACGCACACAGAUUCGAGGCAGCGACAGCUCUGACGAUGACGAGGACGAGACAGAAGACAUUGAAUGGGGUCCUGCGACUGAACUCUAGAGUUUGCGCUGAGGAUUAAAGGUUGAGUCUACUGAACUCACCAGGACAUUUCACUCCUCCAAGAAGCUCUUUGUUUCUUGGAUCAUUUUGAACAAUUUGUCUGCUUGAAGAGUUUGUGUCUGAGGAUGUUGGUCAGCCUACGUUAAGGGCCUGGCUGCGGUGUGGGAUACUGGAUAUUCAAGAUUUCUACAACCUUUUAAAAGAAUACUAAGAAAGGUUCCCACAUGAAUGUUAAAGUGCCUCAUUUCUUUACAUAUCUUUUAUUUAAAUAACUCCAUGUCAGACAAAUGCAAAUACCCAUUGUCAUUGCUGCUGUAUGUAACUUGUAUACAAAUUCUAGUUUUAUUAGAAAUCACACUAAAUUAGUCUUAGGAAUAUGCAAGAAUGUGUAUUAAAUGUGUGGAUGCUCCUUAACUUUUCUACAUUAAACUGUUUUCCCUGAUUUCAAA